AUGGACUACAACCAGCACACCUACUUCAGAUCACACGAUAAGUUCAUCAGCCACAGACACAGGCAGCAGCACAACUGUGACUACAACCGCAACACAGACAACCAACAAUGUAACUAUGACUUCACCAGUCACAAGCACAAGCAGCAGCACAACUGUGACUACAACAGCAACACAGACAACCAACGAUGUACCUGUGACUACACCAGUCCCACAGACAACCAUCAAUGUAACUAUGACUUCACCAGCUACAGACACAAGCAGCAGCACAACUUUGACUACAACAGCCACACACCCAACAAACAAUGUAACUAUGACUUCACCAGCUACAGACACAAGCAGCAGCACAACUGUGACUACACCAGUCCCACAGACAACCAACAAUGUAACUAUGACUUCACCAGCCACAGACACAAGCAGCAGCACAACUGUAACUACAACAGCAACACAGACAACCAACGAUGUAACUAUGACUACAACAGCCACACAGACAUCCAACAAUAUAACUAUGACUACAACAGCCACACAGACAUCCAACAAUAUAACUAUGACAACACCAGCCACGCACACCACCAACAAUGUAACCACUACCACACCAGCCACACAGACAACCAACAAUGUGACUAUGACUUCACCAAUCACAACCACAAGCAACAGCACAACUGUGACUACACCAGUCCCAGAGACUACCAACAAUGUAACUAUGACUUCACCAGCCACAGACACAAGCAACAGCACAACUGUGACUACAACAGCAACACAGACAACCACCAAUGUACCUGUGACUACACCAGUCCCACAGACAACCAUCAAUGUAACUUUGACUUCACCAGCUACAGACAAAAGCAGCAGCACAACUGUGACUACACCAGCCACACAGACAUCCAACAAUGUAACUAUGACUACAACAGCCACACAGACAUCCAACAAUAUAACUAUGACAACACCAGCCACGCACACCACCAACAAUGUAACCACUACCACACCAGCCACACAGACAACCAACAAUGUGACUAUGACUUCACCAAUCACAACCACAAGCAACAGCACAACUGUGACUACACCAGUCCCAGAGACUACCAACAAUGUAACUAUGACUUCACCAGCCACAGACACAAGCAACAGCACAACUGUGACUACAACAGCAACACAGACAACCACCAAUGUACCUGUGACUACACCAGUCCCACAGACAACCAUCAAUGUAACUUUGACUUCACCAGCUACAGACAAAAGCAGCAGCACAACUGUGACUACAACAGCCACACAGACAACCAACAAUGUAACUAUGACUUCACCAGCUACAGACACAAGGAGCAGCACAACUGUGACUACAACAGCCAUACAGACAACCAACAAUGUAACUAUGACUUCACCAGCUACAGACACAAGCAGCAGCACAACUUUGACUACACCAGCCACACAGACAUCCAACAAUGUAACUGUGACAACACCAGCCAUGCACACAACCAACAAUUUAACCACGACUACACCAGCCACACAGACAUCCAACAAUGUAACUAUGACAACACCACCCACACAGACAACCAACAAUGUAACUAUGACAACACAAGCCACACAGACAACCAACAAUGUAACUAUGACUACACCAGCCACAGACACAAGCAGCAGCACAACUGUGACUACAACAGCCACACAGACAUCCAACAAUGUAACUUUGACAACACCAGCCACACAGACAACCAACAAUGUAACUAUGACAACACCAGCCACACAGACAACCAACAAUGUAACUAUGACUACACCACCAACACAGACAACCAACAAUGUAACUAUGACAACACCAGCCACGCACACAACCAACAAUGUAACCAGGACUACACCAGCCACACAGACAUCCAACAAUGUAACUUUGACAACACCAGCCACACAGACAACCAACAAUGUUACUAUGACAACACCAGCCACACAGCCAUCCAACAAUGUAACUAUGACAACACCAGCCACGCAGACAACCAACAAUGUAACUAUGACUACACCACCAACACAGACAACCAACAAUGUAACUAUGACAACACUAGCCACGCACACAACCAACAAUGUAACCAGGACUACACCAGCCACACAGACAUCCAACAAUGUAACUUUGACAACACCAGCCACACAGACAACCAACAAUGUUACUAUGACAACACCAGCCACACAGCCAUCCAACAAUGUAACUAUGACAACACCAGCCACGCACACAACCAACAAUGUAACUUUGACAACACCAGCCACACAGACAACCAACAAUGUAACUAUGACAACACCAGCCACACAGACAACCAACAAUGUAACUAUGACAACACCAGCCACGCACACAACCAACAAUGUAACUUUGACAACACCAGCCACACAGACAACCAACAAUGUAACUAUGACAACACCAGCCACACAGACAACCAACAAUGUAACUAUGACAACACCAGCCACACAGACAACCAACAAUGUAACUAUGACAACACCAGCCACACAGCCAUCCAACAAUGUAACUAUGACAACACCAGCCACGCACACAACCAACAAUGUAACUUUGACAACACCAGCCACACAGACAACCAACAAUGUAACUAUGACAACACCAGCCACACAGACAACCAACAAUGUUACUAUGACAACACCAGCCACACAGACAACCAACAAUGUUACUAUGACAACACCAGCCACACAGACAACCAACAAUGUAACUAUGACAACACCAGCCACACAGACAACCAACAAUGUAACUAUGACAACACCAGCCACACAGACAACCAACAAUGUAACUAUGACAACACCAGCCACACAGACAACCAACAAUGUCACUAUGACAACACCAGCCACACAGACAACCAACAAUGUAACUAUGACAACACCAGCCACACUGACAUCCAACAAUGUAACUAUUACAACACCAGCCACACAGACAACCAACAAUGUAACUAUGACAACACCAGCCACACAGACAUCCAACAAUGUAACUAUGACAACACCAGCCACACAGACAACCAACAAUGUUACUAUGACAACACCAGCCACACAGACAACCAACAAUGUAACUAUGACAACACCAGCCACACAGACAACCAACAAUGUAACUAUGACAACACCAGCCACACAGACAACCAACAAUGUAUCUAUGACAACACCAGCCACACAGACAACCAACAAUGUAACUAUGACAACACCAGCCACACAGACAACCAACAAUGUAUCUAUGACAACGCCAGCCACACAGACAACCAACAAUGUAACUAUGACUACACCAGCAACACACACAACAACAAUUACAACCUCUACGCAGCAGGGCAAUUUGACAAUAGCUCCAUCUCCAGCAACCACACACAAUGCAACAGUAACAGGCGGACCCCAACCCUCUUCACCUACUUCCAUCUCCAGCUCUGUCCCUUCAAACACCUCCCCAGGCAAUAGCACCGUACUCCCCAGUGGAAAUACUACUCCCCUUAGUCCCUCAACAGCAACCCCAGGAGUGACCAACCACACGACAGGAGUCACCGUUUUGACUCCUUCAAUUCCAACGACUGGAGGAAGCACAACAGCCCUCCCCAACACCACCUCCUCCAUUCCCACCCUGGGUCCAGUCAUUG